AUGGGCGACGAUUUUCAAGCACCACCACCAUCAUAUUCGGAAGUUCAAAAUAAAUAUGUUCCUACGGAAUCAAUACAAACACAUCCUAUGCCUCAACAAGGACAAUUUACUGAAAUGAAAUAUCAAACAAUUAAUCCACCUAAUCGAGUUGUUUACGGAGUACAAGUUGUUCCAUUGGCAACAUUUAAUAGAAAUCCUGUACAAUGUACUUGUUCAAAUUGUCGUUCAAUGAUUAUUACACGUAUUGAAGAAACAACUGGAUUAUUAACAUGGCUUUUAUGUUUUUUAUUAGUUGUAUUUGGUUGUUGGCUUGGUUGUUGUCUUAUACCAUUUUGUAUAUCAGAUUUACAAAAUAUUAAACAUUAUUGUCCAAAUUGUAAUGCUCUUCUCGGUGAAUAUCGUCCUUUAUAA